AACUCUCUCUUUUGCCGUCAAAACACUUAGGCAGUAUAUAAUCUACUAGGUUAAAAACUCGUCAGGGCAUUUUGGUAAAUUGGCUUGACCUUGGGUUUUAAGUCUGCUGAAUCCAAAUGUCGCGUGUCUGAUGUCUCGACAUCGAUCGAUGGUACUUGUGUACAUCGAUCGAUAUUAAUCUUCAUCUGUCGAGGCAUCUCCUGGUAUCGACCGACAGCAUUGAUGCGCAUCAAUCGAUUGUUCUUCCUCUCGUCGACCUCUACGUUGUCAGCUCGGGUGAAAUGUCCUUUAAGCUCUAAAAUGCUCCAAAGUCAUAGCUUUACUCCGAAAUGCACCUGAACCUGAAAACAUACCUAGAAGAGUAGAAAACAUAGAUAUAUAUAGUAAAAUACUUAUAUACCAUUGAUGAAAGUGGGUCAAAUCCAAGGUAUAUCAGUCACUCAAAGACAUAACACCGUAUGAGGCGUUUCACGGCAAGAAACCUAAUAUAAGUCAUCUGCGUAUUUUCGGCUGCAUCGGUUAUGCAAAUGUAGAAACACCACACUUAAAUAAACUUGACGACAUGUCAAGUAUACUGGUUCAUCUAGGUACGAAGCCCUGGUCAAAAGCAUAGUGUAUGCUUGAUCCUAAGACUCGUAAGGUUAUAAUAAGUCGAGAUGUGAACUUUGAUGAAUCUAAAGACUGGAACUGGAGUCAAAAUCUCGAUGAACAUAACAGAGUGGGAAGCUUUACGAUCACGCUUGGUGAAUUUGGGAAUCACGGUAUACAAGUUCAUGAAGUUCGUGAUAAGAAGAACGAUGAGAAACGAUAACAUACAUUAAUAAAUACUGAAGAUGAUGAAGGAGAAGAUGCAACUAGAGAGAUCAUCGAAGAAGUAGAAGAAGAAGAGAUUACUUCGACCUUAAGAAUAUCACAGAGAGAAACAAAAAUGCCUUGAUGAUUAUAUAUUACUCUUCAAAGAAGAAGAAGAAGAAGAAGAGCAGCUACUUAUGUUAAUAAACUGCGAACCUCAAAGCUAUGAAGAAGCACAAGAGUUAAAAGAAUGGAAUACAGCUUGUGAAAAAGAGAUUGCAUCAAUAGUGAAGAAUGGAAUGUGGAAACUUGUGGAUCUCCCACACAGAGUCAAACCAUCGGCCUAAAGUGGGUGUUUAAACUGAAAAGAAAUUCAAAUGGUAGUAUCAACAAGUAUAAGGUGUGUCUCGUGGCAAAGGAUUAUGUGCAACAAUAUGGCAUAGAGUUUGAUGAAGUCUUUGCACCAGUAGCCAGGAUUGAAACAAUUCGACUUCUUAUCAGUCUAGCAGCUUCGAGAGGAUGAAAAAUUCAUCACCUUGAUGUUAAGACAGUGUUUCUUCAUGGAGAGUUAAAGAGAACGGUUUAUGUUACAUAACCUGAAGGCUUUAUUGUUGAGGGAUCUGAAGGGAAAGUUUACAGGUUAAAGAAAGCCUUAUAUGGUCUUAGACAGGCACCUAGAGCAUGAAACAACAAAUUAAAUCAGAUACUAAAGGAGCAGCCAUUCAGAAAUUGUUCAAAGGAGCAGUCGGUUUAUAGAAAGAUGGUAAAUGGAAAUCUACUUCUUCUUGCGGUAUAUUUUGAUGAUCUAUUCCUAACUGGCAUAAGUGUGAGUGUCCUUUAUGAGUUCAAGGAAGAUAUGUCAUAUAAAUUUGAGAUGAGUGUCAUUGGAAAGUUAUCGUAUUAUAUCGGAAUUGAGGUUUAAUAACAUGAGGGAGGAAUAACUUUAAAUCAAAGACGCUACGCCUUAAUAAUCUUGGAGGAAGCAGCGAUAAAGAACAAAAACUCAUGUCACAUACCAAUGGAUGCAGGACUUAAGCUGUCGAAGGCUGUUCAUGAGAAAGAGAUCGAUGCAACGAUUUAUAGAUGAAACGUCGGGUGUUUGCGGUACUUGCUCCAUACUCGACCAGAAUUAUCAUACAAUGUGGGUGUCUUAAGAAGGUACAUCCAGUCACCAUGAGAGUCACAUGGAGCAGCUAUGAAGAAAUGCUUAAGGUAUCUAUUGAGUACAACUACUUCUUACAGCAUAACGUUUCAUCGCAGCAACUCAAAACCAAUGAAGAUAAUAGGAUACAGUGACAGCAUUCAUAAUAUUGAUCCUGGUGAUGGUAGGAGCACCACUCCGGCAUAUAUUCUACAUCGGUGAUAGUCCUAUUACUUAGUGCUUACAAAAAUAGGAGACAGUGGCAUUAUCCUCAUGCGAAGCCGAGUUCAUGGCUGGGACAGAAGCAGCCCGACAAGCCAUAUGGCUACAAGAUUUGCUCAUCAAAGUUAUGAGAGAUACUGGUGAGAAAGCGGUUAUCGGGAUUGAUAACCAGUCGGCAAUUGCUUUGACAAGGAACCUUUGUGUUUUAUGGUAGAAAUAAACACAUUCACACUCGAUAUCCUUUCAUAAGGGAAUGCAUAGAAAAUGAGCAAAUAUAAGUAGAGCAUGUUCCUAGACAUGAACAGAAGGCGGAUAUCUUGACAGAGGCGCUUGGAAGAAAAAAAUUUAAGGAGAUGAGAGAUCUCAUUGGAGUUCAAGAUGUGUUGAUAAAAGACUUCAAGUUUAAGGGGGAGAAUGUUGGAUUAAGCUUGAAGGUUACUUGAGCUGCAAGUUUAUCAUAAUCUUACAGAGUUAUGGAAUUAUGAAUAUGUUUAGGAUUUAUCUAUAUAUAUUACCUAUUAGGAUUACGAGUUACAAAAUAUCUAUAUAAGUAGAUGCAAACAUGUUGCAUAACUUAAGAGUUUAGAGCUUGUUUUUAAGUGCUUAAGAUUUUGAGUUAUUUUCCUUAAGAGAUUAAUAAAGAGAUUUAUUCUUUAUUGUGAUUCAUAUUCAACCUUUGAAGUUCUAUAGAUCUCCCCCUCCCACAUCUAAACUGGUAUAUAAAGGGGUUAGAAAUCCUUUUUUAACAAAAAAGAUUCAUUAAUGUAGUGGCCAAAACCACCCACUAAAAUUUUCUGAUAAACACCCCUAGAAAAAGCCUGAAAAUCAGAAACCGCGGUGAACACAAUAGUUACUAAGCAAAGGAAAUGGAAAAGUGUAAAUGAAAAAUCGCCAAGGAAAUCGCACUCAGAGCCAUUUCUCCAUGAUUUGAAUAUUCAGUAUUUUUUUUUAUAUUUGCAAAAAAUAGUGGGAAAAGUAUUAAAAUGCUAAAUUAUUUUUCUUAUUUAAAAUUUAAAAUAAUAUAUUUUUUAAAAAUCCUGAUUGAAAUAAACCUAUAGUUUUGAGAGUCUAGACAUAUUUUUAAUGAAAUAUUGUGAUAUCAUUUAAAAUUAUAAGAAAACAACUAUAAUAGUUAUAAAUGAGCUAUAUUAUAUUGUUAUAACAAAAGUUGGAUAGAUAAGUAACAUAAGAAAAUACAGAUAAGCUUCACAUAACUUAUUCGUUUAUAUACGUUUUUUUCAUCAACUGGACAGACUCAAAUAUGACUGUGCAAUCAAAACCGAGAGCUAUGCUUCCAUAUGAACGACAACUGGAGAGACUGUCUGCCUUCUUGUUCUGCGUUCGUGGUAAUGAAUGAGCUCAGAUAACUUGCAAAAAUUGGUCAUUCCUCUUGUUCCGAAACCAUCUUCACCAAUUGAGAGCAAUCCAUUGCAAAAGUAACAUGAUAUUGCCGUAAAUUCGUUUAUAUACGUUAAAACAGAGAAACAACAAACAAAUUAAAACAAACUGCUAAAAAUAGUCAUCAUUAACUUUACUAUAUAUAUCACCAAGACUAACACAAUAUUACCACACAAUCAUCUUUUCAGGAUCAAAAUUAUACUACACUGUAAUACUCAUUUCAUAUUUGUUCUACUAAAAUACAUUAUGACGACUCAAACUUUAAAAAUAGCAUGCACUAUUUUUAUGAUUGUAGCUAUAUGUACAGUGAUGCUUUCAACACAAAAUUUUCCUUCAGCCAGAGUUGAAAAAUGUGUCAAACACUGCAUCCCGAACCAGUGUAUGAAAGUAGCCAAAAAAGCUGAUCUGACUAUUUAUGAAGAAGCUUGCAAAAGGUUUUGCAACAAACAAGUACCAAGUCAUGAAUAAUAUAUUGUUCCUAUGGGUGGUGGUUUCAUCUGCAACUAUUUCUGGAAUUGUGUUUCAUAAAUAUGUUCAAAUUUGUAAAUUACUAUUAUUUUCGUAUUCUUAUAUAUUCAAUAUAUUUUCAUAUAUAAAGUUGGGUUUUCUUCCCUUCUAGGCUGUUCACAUAGGCGGACACAUCACUAACUCGAGUCUUGAGAAGCCGACACGUGUCCGCGUCCAAAACAUGGUGUUUCAUUAACUUGGAGUUGGAGAUCGUGUAGGCUUUUGGUGUAACUCAUGAACAUGCGAGAAUAUUGUCGUGUGGGCUUUAGAUCAAUUUAAAAAUAACACUUUUAACAGUAUACUAUUUAUAUUUAGUAAACAAAUAACGUCGUGUUCUUUGUCUUAUGAAUACGUCAUAAAAAUAGCUCUUAUGAUAUUGUUGAUAUUCAAUCCGAUAAUUCCGGUAUGACAAAUUAAUAUAAAUCAACAGAACCGAGUAUGAUGAUUUUAAUUGGAUUUACAUGUGUCGAAAAUACAAUAAAAUAUUGUUUUUAAUUUCAAUGUGUAAAAUAGCCCGUAAAAACCAAAAAACUAGAUAACCAAUAGGUUUAUAGUAUAUUAGUGAUCGUACAUGUAAAAUGUAUAAUAUUAUAUAGUGAAUACAAAAUUGAAUUUACUAAUUUGAUAUACAUAUACUGAGCAUUUAACAUAUGAAUAAUGUUUUAGCAAUAAAAAAAACAUAGGAAUAAUUAUUUUUUUACCCACUUACAUCAAUUUAUUUUUAAGGUCAAUGAUUUCACGAUAAAUAGUGCUCCUAUGAUUAUUUUCUUUAUCCAUUUACAUCAAUUUAUUUUUUAAGGUCCAUGAUUUCACGAUAAAUAGUGCUCCUAACAUCUUCUUUUUUUCAUACAAUCGCGCAAACAUAUUAUUAUAUAUUACUCCUACUUAACUAUUUGAAUAAACGAACACUAUGAUAUUUGAAAAUUUUGAACGAUUCCCUGUACGGUAAACGGUUUUAUUUCAAAGUAUUAAUAAACCAAUGCAAAAAUAUAUUUUGCAAGAUAAUUACACGCAUCUGUAGCAUAUGCUCUUUAUUACAUACGAGCAUGGAUUCUAUAACAACUUUCAUGCAGUAUUAUCAUUUAAUUUAAAUGUAUUGUUAAUUCAUAACGCAAGUUUCCACUAUAUUAAUAACUUCUAAAUCAAUAGUAAAACCUAUCUAAUAAAUUCUAAACUUAUUUAAUAACGAUAAACAAUAUUCAAUUUAAAGAGUGGCAUGGAAAUUGAAUUAUGACUCUCAUUAGGAGAAAACUAUCAUAUAUUAAUUAAAACAUACAAAGACCAAGAUAUUCACAACAUAAGGUUGUUUUGGCUUAGAUAAUAUAAGCUUUUCUUUAACAUAUUCCUCUGGCAUGAUCAUUGGAUAAUUAUAUGCGGCCAUGAUUUAUCUUAUUAUAUUAGAUUCUUCUUCAUAGAAUAAUGAAAGUUAUUGUCAUUUUAAUUCAGUCCAAAUUUUUUUAAUUAAAUAUAACAACAUUAUAUCCGAAUUUUAUUUAUUUAUUUUUGUUUAUAAUAUCAUUUUCAAUCUACAAUUUUUUUUUAAAAAAAGCUUCAUAAAAUUAAUGUAAAUUCAUAUGGGGGCAGCGCUGGUAGCAUGAUGGAUCUGGGAUUUCACGGCCUUACUUCUGCUGCAGUUUUAGUUAUGUAAUCGCGAAGGUUGCGAAUGUCCGAUUUUUUUUGCCAGCUGAUUUCAGAGCCUGUCGGCGUUUGCUGCGAGUGAUCGCGGUUUGUUUUUCGGCUAACUCUUCAUGUUCGACCCAAUAGAGGUUUUCCUCUUCUUCCGUCAUAGGUUCAUCAAACGGAGAAUCUUCCUUAGCCGAUCGGCUUCUAGUUCUUCUUGGAUGUAUGUCAGCGUCCUCUUCUGUAUCGUUGGAGACGUCGCUGGGAUCCAAGUCGACAUGCUCGACUUCAUUGACCUCUGUGUCCUUUGCAGGAGAUAGACGGUUUUUAGAGUUCAGUUUCUCAGCAGGAGAUGUUUUCACUGGGAUUUUGACCCGAAGGACGUUCCUGUGAUGUUCCAGGCCUGUCGAGUAGAGUUGCGAAUUCGAGUUUUCUUCCGCGGAUUUUUGGAGAUCCGUGAGGGAGGACUGCACGGGUUCUUGUCGUUAAGGUUUCGACCUUUUUCAUCAAGGUAACCACGAGCUUGUCCUGUUCUUCUGACCUCUUUUCGUAGGCAGAGAACAUUUUUUUGAACUUCUCGAGCGUUGCGUUGGCCGCGGACACGGCUGCUACUGGAGUGUUUUGAUUGUCGUUGCUUCCUCCGUUGAGAGGAGUCUGCAUGUUAUUUGUGUUGUCGGUUGACAUGUUUGGUUGAGCGUGUUGUGGCAGAGAGUUAGAUUGAUCUGUACCCCCUCCUUCUAGCGCCAAACUAAGAGAACCGAAAUUCGUACUGUCGAUUUCCAUUUAAAUAAGGAAAGUUAGGAAAACCCUAAUUUCCCAGAGGUCUCAGAUAUCUGCUAAAGCACACGCCAAGCAAUCAGAACAAGAAAUAAAAACAAGAAAAAUAAGAAAUCGUAAAGAGAGCAAAAUAGAUCUUAUUCCGAAUCCGAGUUUGAGCGUUACAACAAAGUAAGAGCAUGGGCUAAGAGAGCUGUCGGCGAGAUUCGUAGUUCUAAAACCCUAAGACUGCAAGACCUAAUUGAGUCGCAGCUCGAAUAACAAAAACAAAAAAUUGUCAAAAAUUGCUUUAAGUGCUAAGUUUGCUCUGAAAAAGUUCUCUCUUUGUGCCUCUCUCCUAGGACUCCUUAUAUACUCCUCCAAGGUCGGUUUUAGCUUUUCCCUUCCUGCCCUUAAGCCGUCUUAAACGAAAAAUGGAGAUAUUCUGUUUUUCCGAUUGUCAUGUUUAUCCGCGGAAACUUAAAAUUUUUCUCCGCGAAAACCUAUAUUUUAUAAAAGGCCAUAGCAUCUACGGGCUCAUUCUUAAAUAAUUGUAAGUGGGCUUGUAGUCACGUUUUAGACCUCGUUUGGUCGUCUUUCGGCAUGAAACGUUAUUUACGAUUUUCUUUUCGAUAAAAAUAAGUUCUCGUGCUUUUAUCGUAAAGUUUCAACGGUUACUCUGAUUGGAAUAAUGUGAGGAAAGGUAUGACUGGGACACACGGGAGCUAGCAUUGAGAAACAUACGAGAAUGCACGGUCUUGGGACAUACCCGUUGAUCGAUGUCUGAGACAGUUCGGUCGCUACGUAGCGACCAUAUCCGCGAUAUCCGCGAUGGAUCGGUCGCUACGUAGCGACCAAAGGAAUGGCUUGGUCGGUCGCGUGGUCCGGUCGCUACGUAGCAACCGACUCGUACGUGGUCCGGUCGCUACGUAGCGACCAACUAGAUGGCUUGGUCGGUCGCUACGUAGCGACCAACUCGUGCGCGGUUCGGUCGCUACGUAGCGACCGACUCGUGCGCGGGCCGGUCACUCUGAGCGACCGACCGAGUGGCUUGGUCGGUCGCUACGUAGCGACCGACUCGUUCGCGAGUCGAUCGCUUCAUGGCGAUCUUGUUUGGAUCAUUUUCCGACGUUUCAUAAACGUGUUCUCGGUCUACGAGUGUUUAGUUUCAAUGAAUGAACCAGGAUUAGUGUAAUAUUUCGCCGCAAGAUUCUUCGUAAAAAUAAUCUUUCCGAAGAAUACUUUUCGUAAAAACGUUUACGUUGAUUUUUAUGGAUAUUUGGAUGUAACUUCGUCGUGUCCGUUUUUGGCCCCAACAAUGAUUUCACUAAGAAUUCAAACAAAAUAUAUGCAUUUUUUUUUCAAAGUUUGAAUAUUUUUUUGCAUUGUGUUAUAUAUAUUUUAUGCAUUAGUUAGACAUCUGAUUUUUUUUUUUGGCCAUUUCCCCACAAAAUAACAGUUGUAUUUAGAGUUUGAAUAUAAAAUCAAUUAUAAAUAAUUUAUUUUGAUAAUUGAAAUAACUGAUUUUCAACUUCAAGAUACAUGCUUGUAUCAUUUCUGCAACGUUUUGAUUUCCAAGGUAUGAUGAUGCAUGUGGAGAGAUUAUUUUAAAAAAUAAAUAUUGAUGCAAUUUUCACCAAAGUACAUUUAUUUUGUUGCCUAAUAAAUGAGUUAAAUAUGUCUGAGUUGAAGAAAUUUAAGAAUAAAUGGCAUAUCAUGAAGUCAUUUCGUGUGAGGGAGGAUAAAACAUAUAUAUGAAGGUCACAUGGUCAUCGCAAAGUCCAUAAAUAAGUUUUUAGGCCUUAGAAAAUAAUGCAUUGGCCAAAAAGUAUGCAUCAGGCCUAUGGAUGGUGCAGUUGGGAUGUUAUGAAUGACAUAAGAUAUAGUCUCGGGUGACGGCCUGUGCAACGAAGGCGGUUUGUGAGCGGAGGUGAGUGUAACAUCCCGAUAUUUAGAAAAAUAGUGAUGCAUGUAGAGAAAUUUUUAAUUUAUUUGACUGUCUAUAUUUCAAAAUGCAUUUAUCUUUUCGGUCACUCUUUUGUAGAAAAUUUCAUAUUUGUGUAUGCUUGAGUUUGAGCAAUCAUAGUAUGAGUAACUUUUCAUGAAGUAAUUUUUGGUAUGUGUGAGCGACUGCAAAAUAAGAAAAAUAUCAUGUAAGUAAUUUUUGGUACGUGUGAGCGACUGCAAAAUAAGAAAAAUAUCAUGUAGUGAUUAUCGAGGUUGUAAAUAGGUCUUUACUCUUCUAAAUUAACAGCAUGGUAGUCAGACAAGGGUGUUGUCCAUGGGUAGAGAGCAUCUUUGGGCCCACACUGUAUGUGGUAUCGUAACCAAAUCUAUAUAUGUAUGGAUUCAUGUGGGGCGACAUCAUCAUGGUGAAUGUUUUUUUUUGCUAUGUGAAUGAGGGUGAUUCUAAUGUCCCAAUUUUUAGAAUAAGGUGAUACAUUUCAAGAGACUUAAUUAAAGAUAGUUGAUUUGACAGUUUAUGUCAGUAAAGUCUUUAUCAUUUGAUCAUUUAUUUGAAGAGAACUUUAUAGUUACAUGUACUCCAGCUGCAGUAAUAUAAAGAUGGGUGACUCACUCAGUGCCGUGCCUAGCUAUUCGGGGGCUCAAGGCAAGAUUCGAAAAUAUUUCCUUAAUCAACUUUUAAAAAUUAACUAUAUAAAACUAUAUGUUUAAUGCUUAUUGAACUAUAAAACUGUACAUAAUAUUUGAAGGUACAAACAAAUAAUCCACUAAAUAUUUUAAGAUUUAAUAUUAUCCAUGAUCAUUUUUAAUUACCUAAUGAUAUAUUGAUAUGAUGAUCUGAUUAAAUGUGAAAGUAGAUUUUUCAAUAAAAUAUCAGAAAUAUGACCAAAUGAGUUUUUCAAAAAAAUUCAAUAGCAUGCAUGUAAUAGAUUAACGUAACCAGCAGAAAUACUUGUAAGAAACACACGCACUUGUAAUAAACACAAACAAAUCUGUAACAAAUUACACUAGGUUUGUAUCUAAGAAAAGAGAUUUAUAUACAAAAGUUUAACUAAUUAAACAAAAAUCAAAAAUUGGGGCCCUAACAUUUACUUUAUAAACUGGGGGCCUAAGGCGGUGGCCUUUUCCAUUACACGUUGUGCACGACACUCACUAGGAACAGAUUCGGUUGAUUCGUAAGAAUUUUAGAUAAAACAAAGCAUUAUGAAAAGGUUGUGGCAAACUAACUAAAUUUGCUGAUGCAAAAAUAAUACCAUGGGUUGCUUGGAAGUGAUUAAUGUAUCUAGACAAGGAAGGGAGAAAAAGAUUUGAGAUCUUGAGAUAUUUAAUGAUGUAUCCGGAUCCUAUAAAACCAAAACCCCUUAUAUAUUUUCAAAACUCUGGAAGGCUCGUUAUUUCAGUAAUGCCUAAGUCUUAGAAGCAAACACCAAAAUAGAACCAGUCUUGUGGUUGGUCAUCAAUCUUAGCAUGGUUAAAGCUCCUAAGGAAGGGACUUGGAAACUACAUGGAGGUAUUAUCAUACUGUGAAUGUCUUUGUAACCGUAUCAGGCAGUGGCGGAGCCAGAAAGUUUUUGUACUGGGGUCAAUUUUUUUUUUUUCAAAUACAUAAUUUAUAGUCACGGAAAAACUAUAAAUAUACUCCACGAUCAUUCAUAUCUUAAAACUUGUUUAUCAUAAUUAUUUACUAUAAUUUAAAAUAUUUUUGAUAAAACAAAUCAUAAAAAUUUUAGAAACUCAUUACUGAUGCGAUAUUGUAUUAAUACUAUUUUUUGACCAUUUUCAUUGGUUGAUAUUUUUUUGCCGAUUCAGAAACUGAUCCAUUAGUUAACUGAUAAAUUUACAUAAUCAUUGAAUCAUAAUCAUUUUUAGUUUGGUAAAAUAAAGUGGAAAGUGUAUAACAAAAAAAAUAGAAAACUUUAAAAAUUAUUCGGUCAAAAAAAAACUUAUCCAAAAAUUGCUUGGAGAACAUGAGAGUUUUUCUUUUUUGCGUUGUCCAGAAAAGAAGUACAAAUCCCUUUUUUCAAAUUCACUCAUUAAUUUUAAACUUUUUUUUAAUAUUAGUUAUUGGACCUAAUACAAUUUGGGUUUUAUUGAAAUAUGUAACUAACACUUAAUAUAAAAACGUGUUUAUUGAAAUUUAAGCUAAAAUUAAUAUAAAUCAAAUGUUUAACAAAUAAAAUAAACUUAUUAUUUUAUAUAAUUUUAAAUUAUCUUCAAUCUUUAAUGUUUUGUGAUUAUAUUUGUGAAAUUAUAUUUUUAGUGGGGUCAAAUUUUUAUUUUUAAUGGGAUCAAUACAAAUUUUGUUAAAUAAAAAAAAUUAUUUUUAAAAAAAGUAGUGGGGUCAGCUGACCCCACACCUCCUUCACUGCCUCCGUCCCUGGUAUCAGGCAACUUGGAGCACAUGCAGGGGCGAAACCACCUUAUACUCUAUGGGUGCAUGUGCACCCGUAAUAAUAUCUAUCUUUCAAAUUUAGUGAGAAAAAAUAAUAUAGAUUUGGUAGAUCUGAUGGUAAAACAUAGGUUCUGCACCCCCUUACAACCCAGGUUCAAUCUCUUCUUAUAUAUUCCUUUCUUUUGUAAUUAAUAGUGCACCCACUAUACAAAAGUCCUAGCUUCGCCCCUGAGCACACGUAGGUCUUGUCUAAACUUCCAACUGACCUACGAGAGUGAAGAACAACGUAAUAUUUUCUUUUGGUUGAGUGAAUAAUAUGGAAAUCAAAAAGCAACCAGACUUUUAAAUAACAAUAUGUCAAUUUGUAAGGUUGUCAAUGGAGAGGAAUUGUUAAAAGCAACUGUGAGGGUCAGAUAUGACACAUGUCAGAGAAAUCCCUUGGAAACAUUCUACCGAUGGACUCCUAAAGUGUAAUUUUCAUGCAGCAUACAUUACAAAAAAACAAACUAUUCUCAACGACCAUAUCCAUCAGAAAGUUUUUGGGAAUGGUCUUUCCCGACAGAUUUUGAUGAACAAUGUUUUUUAACGUUUACUGUAAAAAAAAAAAACGUUUACGGUCGUCGAACUUUUCAUUUGGGAUCUGUCGGGAAUUACCCGUCGCAACAUUUUUGUAGAUUUCUCGUCGAUAAUUCACUGAAAAAAAUUCCAUUAGAAAUUGUCGGAAAUAUUUGAAAAUCUACAAAAUCUAGUAAAUUUCAAAACAUUUUUAAUUUUAAAUUUUGUUUAAAAUAAUAAAAUUAAAAAAUACCAAAAAUGUAUAAAAUUUUCAAAAACCUUUUUAAUAAUAAAAAUAAAACUUUUUAAAAUAUACAAAUAGCAGAAAUUAUAUAUAAAUUCCUAAUCUAACAACCUUAUCUAACAAAUACAGUUUAACAUAUCCUAAACUAACAAAAUUUUGAAACAAAUAUUUGCCAAGUUUGUAAAAAAAAAA